AUGAUCACGGCUAAACUAGCAGACGACCUCAACCUCGGUCGUGUUAGACUAGCCUCUGGGCCUUCCUUCGUUUCGCCGCUUGGGUUAGUCCCUAAGCACGAUGGGGGUUGGCGCCGCAUCCAUGAUCUCUCUUGGCCCCCUGGACAAGGCCUUAACCAGGGCAUACCAGACUCCUGGUCAGCUAUUGAAUACAUGAUAAUCGAUAAUAUCUAUGAGCAAGUCAUACAAGCUGGCCUAGGCUGCGUAAUUAUCAAGAGGGAUAUCAAAGACGCCUUCCGAAUAGUCCCUGUUGCCGAGGACAACCAGCAUCUCCUUGCCUUCCAGUGGAACGAUUCCACCUACGUCGAGUGCUGUCUCCCCUUUGGCCUGGCAACGGCCCCAUAUCUCUUUAACCUCUUCGCUGAGGCACUCCAUUGGAUACUCCAAUGCCUCCUUCCUGCAUUCUACAUCAAUCAUUACCUAGACGACUUCAUCGCAAUUGCUCGGUCUCCCUCGGUGUUCGACCCUAUGAGUGCCUUCGAUAAGGUUUACAACAGGGUCACCGACUACCUACGUAUCCCUCGCAAUACUAAGAAGGACCAGCAAGGGACCUGUGUUACAGUCUUAGGUAUCCAGAUAGAUACUCUCGCAAUGGAAGCUCGUCUGCCACCAGAAAAGUUGUGCCGCGCCACAUUGGACGCCGCAGCUGCCCUAAACGCGGCGAGUCUCUCCCUCAAGCAAACAGAGCGCCUCACAGGCUUACUAGCCUUCUGUUCAAGAGUUGUUCGGCUAGGAAGAACAAGGCUACAGUCCCUAUAUACCUUCCAAGCCGCUUUCCCACAUGGGAGUAGCGCGCGCCGCCGUAUCCCUUAUGAGGUUCGUGACGAUUUGGAAUGGUGGAGGGACUCCUUGUCUCUCUUCAACGGCGUACUUCUAAUUGACCCCUGUCGCCGCACUAUCACGCAUCUCUACACAGAUGCCUCCAGUACAGGCCAGGGGCUCUUCUUCUUUUCAUCUAAGUCUACAUUAGACUGCUGGCUGGCCCAUUGUCACCAGCUUCAUCCAAGCAAUGCUGCCACAUUGGCCCUUGCUCAAGACGCACAUGUGCACAUCAAUACCAAUGAAGUAGACGCUAUUCUUCAAGGCUUCCUACUCUUCAGCCACCAUUGGCUCCAUCACACUCUCGUUAUCCACACGGAUAGCUCCACAGCGCACACGGGACUAAAGAAAGGCUUCCUUCAUGGUCCGCCUAACGCACCUCUGAAGAGCCUACUUAUCCUAGCGGCGGCGAGAGACAUCCACAUUGUGCCCCACUGGCUCCCUUCCGGGGAAAAUAAAUUAGCAGAUGCGCUCUCUCGACCUCUCGGUAUUGAACCACCCGCGUGGUUCUCUUCACGAGCUCCUCAGCUCAAUACAGGCCACCUGAAACUGCUCUGGAACGGACUCAGCGCCAAUACACGUUCCGUUUACCUCUCCGUUCAGCGCAAUUACGAAAAGCACUGCGCGCUACAAAGUAUACCCGCAUGGCCAGUUUCAAAACAUUCUUUGACCUCAUGGUUAAACACACGACUCCUUGGUAACGCUAGCCAAAAGGCCAUCAAGCCUGACACUGCACUCGCCGACCUAGCCGCUCUCCGAGCCUAUCAUAUCGAUAACUUCCUUGACGAUAAACUCUUCGAUAACAAGCAUUUUCGACGUCUUAUAGACGGCGCGAGAAGACUCAACCCUAUCACCAAAGUACGGGUCAGAAAACCGAUUUCGCGUGACACUAUUACGAAACUAUCCGCGGGCCUCGCCACACUCCCGUUACAGCCCUUGGAGAUAUCUGCAAAGGCUCUAGAUGACCUGAACUUCGCAACCGCGUGCCGGGUAGCAUUUGCGGGGUUCCUCCGCCUUGGGGAAUUUACCUACAAGACUGAAGACCUCCACACAUGUUCUAUCUUCUCACCCACAAAGUUAACGCGCUCCGACGUCAGAUUUUCGUCCUCGUUAGACCACGCACAACUCACACUCAAGCGCAGUAAGACGGACCGCCGCCACGAAGGAGUACAGAUUAUCCUUGCAAGGACGGGAGACGGCGCAUGCCCCGUUGAAGCGCUUCAGAAGCUGCUACUUCUCGACCCCAGAGGGCCCGACGCCCCAUUGUUCUCCUUCCACAGAAGACCAUUCAGUCGCAACAACUUCCUCUCGACCUUGUAUGCUAAGCUAAGAUCGCUGGGGAUACGGACAGACGGCUACUCGGGUCACAGCUUUCGGAAGGGUGCGGCUCAGCAUGCGCACGAUAAUCCAGAUGCUAGGGAGAUGGACUUCGGAGGCGUUCAGGGUGUAUUUUACGACGAACGCCUCUGUCCUGUACAAGCUUAA